AUGACUGACUUUAAUGAUCGGGGACGGCCGGUCAAGCGCAAGCGCGAGGACUGGGCAGGACCAGGCCUGGGACACCGUGACAACGACAAGAUGUCCAAGGCUGUUGAACCAUCCCAGCAGCCGUUGAAGGACAUGGCACCGCCACUUCCCAAGGAAGCGCUAUCGAAAGAUGAGAAGGUUGCUUCUAUUGGCGCGGCCGUCGAGUCAUUCUGUCCCCCGAUUCGCGAGUUGGAGCAGCGACUGGAGGAUGAUAAGCCAGUUCUUGCAGAGCAAGACGCGCGACUGCUGGCUGACUACCGGCGCCUCUGUGAUUUGUACUUGCAGGUUGCCCACGCCCGCCUCGUCGACGAAAACACCCAGUUGAACUGUCGCUGCCGGGAUGAGGAAGCCCGCUUGUGCCACUUUUGGGAAGUGAUCCAAAAAAUGCGGGACAGUGUGAUUGACAUGGUUGAAAUGUGUGAGAAUUUCAAGAUGACCGAGGGUCCUGCAGCGGGCGUGGCGGUCAUUGUACCCGUGGUGCAUGUCCAGGAGGACCAAGGCACCAGCGCUUCUCAUUAG